ACUGCGCAGUUGCGCAGAGUGAAAUCAAAACAAACCAAUUGACAUUUAGGUGACACAAACAAAACCAUUUAAUUCUGUUGGCUAAAGAAACAUCUUAAAUGAGUCAUUUUGUUAGAUUUGCAUAAAAUUAUCUGUAAAAACAUAAAUAAAAUUUUUUAAACAAGCGCGUCCUUCAACCAAACAUGGGAUUAUUCGGCAAAACUCAUACCAAAGAUCCAAAAGAGCAGGUGCAAGAAUGGACGCACAAAAUUCGCAAGGAAAGCAACCAACUGGAUCGGCAGAUACGUAGUAUACAGCGUGAGGAGGAGAAAGUGAAGCGUUCCUUAAAGCAGGCGGCAACGAAAAAUGAUCGUGACACUUGUGUCAUUCUCGCAAAAGAAAUUGUACGCGCACGUAAAGCGAUAAAUCGUAUUUACACAUCUAAGGCGCACCUUAACUCCAUACAGCUACAAAUGAAAAACCAAUUGGCUACAUUACGCGUCGCCGGCUCGCUGCAAAAAUCCACUGAGGUAAUGCAAGCAAUGCAGAAUUUAGUACGUUAUCCGGAAUUAGCUGGCAUAAUGCGAGACAUGUCGAAAGAAAUGAUGAAGGCGGGUAUAAUUGAAGAAAUGCUCGACGAUACUAUGGAUUCGCUGGAAGAGUCUGAGGAGAUGGAGGAGGAGGCGGCCAAGGAAGUGGAUAAAGUAUUGUGGGAAAUUACGGAUGGUAAACUGGGUGAGGCACCUUUACCACCCGAAGGCAUUGCGGCAGAAAAACACGAAGUACCUGCUGCCGCAGUUACGGAAUCUGAAGAUGAGGCUGGAGAAGAAGAGGAAGAUUUACAGGAAAUGCAAAAUCGCUUAGCAUCGCUGCGUUCAUAAACGCCUGCAGUGCGUUGUUGAAAAAUGCUGACGUAAACAGCGAACGUAUGGAAAUUUACAGUAUUUACAGUAAUUAAAGUACAGUUUCUUGGCUACGACAGCUGCAAAAGUGAUCAUUUGCGUUUUUGACGUACAUUUCAUUUAAAACAAAUUCGCGCUUUUCAAUGUUUCAAAGCGAAAAAUAAAACAACUUUUACACCGGUAGCAAAAAUUGCAAACGAAAUUGGAAAACUAAAAAAAUUGGAGAUUUACGAGUUUUGUGGAUACAUACAAGUGACUCGCAACUCUUUAUAUUCUUUGGCAAUUCGAAUAAAUUAUAUUACAAUAAUUAUUUAUAGUAAAAUAUUUGCACACCAAGUGUACUUUCGCUGUUCGCUUCAGUUGACAUUUAACAUUGAAGGCUAAUCCAAUAAUUUAAGUGUUCGAUUUAAUAUUUAAUUAAAUGCAUAAAUAUUUAUGAAAUCAAUUACAUAACUUAAUGAUAUACUAACGAUUUUGUGAAUGAAAGAGUAUAGUGCUUUCAUGUGAAUGGUAAAAUUUAUUACUUAAAAUAUACAAGUUUUAUUUGUACAGUU